AGGCUCCAGCGGUUCGUGGGAAAGAGGCUCAGAGGGUUUGUGACUGUACCUGUGCGCACUCGCACUGCAUCAUGAAGCGGCCUUGUGAGGACAGCACGUCCGACAGCGACAUGGACGAAACUAUUGAUGUGGGCAGCGAGAAUAACUACUCUGGUCAAAGCAACGGUUCAUUUAUAAGAUGUGGCUCACCUACCACAACAUCUCAAGUCAUGGCCAGAAAGAAGCGGAGAGGGAUAAUUGAGAAAAGACGAAGGGACCGAAUAAAUAAUAGUUUAUCAGAGUUGCGUCGUCUGGUGCCAACAGCAUUUGAGAAGCAGGGAUCUGCCAAGUUAGAGAAGGCAGAAAUAUUGCAGAUGACAGUGGAUCACUUGAAGAUGGUUCAGGCCACAGGAGGAAAAGGAUAUUUUGAUGCUCAUUCUCUGGCCAUGGACUUUAUGAGCAUCGGCUUUCGAGAGUGUCUAACUGAAGUGGCGAGGUAUUUGAGCUCUGUUGAAGGUCUGGACUCCAGUGAUCCCCUCCGUAUCCGCUUGGUUUCUCACCUCAGCAGCUGCGCCUCGCAGAGGGAAGCGGCUGCCAUGACCACAUCAAUGACCCAUCACCAGCAGGCCCUCCACCCGCAUCCCUGGGCCGCAGCUUUGCAUCCCAUCCCAGCAGCGUUUCUGCAACAAAGCGGACUUCCGUCCUCAGAGAGUUCCUCUAGCAGGCUGUCUGAGGUUCCUCAGAGGGCUUCAGCCCUUUUGACCUCCUCCUUCACCCGCAGUGACUCCGCACUCAGAGCGCCCUCUACAGGAAGCGUUGCUCCUUGCGUCCCACCGCUGUCCACCUCGCUGCUUUCAAUAUCGGCGACCGUUCAUGCAGCCGCUGCUGCUGCCGCUGCACAAACCUUCCCUCUAACAUUUGCCGGAGGAUUCCCAAUUUUCAGCCCCAGCGUAACUGCAUCUUCAGUGGUUUCUUCCUCUGUGAGCCCUUCCAUUUCCACAUCCACCACAUCCCAACAGAGCAGCGGAAGCAGUGGAAGCAGCAGUAAACCAUACCGACCGUGGGGGACUGAAGUGGGAGCAUUUUAAGUGUUGGAUUUGCUCUUGUUGCAUCUGGAUGUCUUCCACACUUUGUACAUAAAGGAAAGAAAACAGCUAUUUUGCCUGUUUUGGACAGCACCUUGUGUUUUUUUCUCUACGCUAAGCCAACUUUCUAGGAGGGAAAGAAAGACAGGCUUUACAAAUCAAGCUGCUUGGAAACCCAUAAGUUUGAAGAGCGAUUUUCAUUUUGAAGAAAAAAAUCAGUUACUGUUUUAACUUCAUGUAAAGGGCUGUGGCAGUGCCUGCAUAAACACUGCUAAAAUGCUGCAUUUGAGAUGUAUGCUUUGAUAUUUCUCAUUAGAAAAACCAUAUGUGGUUUUCACAAACACACACAGACCAGUAGCUUUAGAAUAAAACAGAGCAGCUUAUUCAAAGACAAGCCAAAGGUUUUGCAGAUAAUCACUAAAGUGAGGUGUGAAUCAGUUUUGUAAUCUAUGAUUUAACAAUCCAGUUUGUUAAUCUGUAUAUGUGUAAGAUUGUAACUAGAGUUUAUAUUGAAAUUAGUCAAUGAGUUGGUAUGAUGCACUUCAAUCACUACUGUUUUUGGGGGGAGACUGGAUCUUCUCCGCUUUACACAAUAGGCCUACUGAAUAAAAUAAAAAUAAUGUUAAUAUUCACUAAUGCUCAUAUGUGAAAUUUUCCACUAUAACUUUUUUACCUUUUUAAUAACCCUACCACGCUCUGUAAGCUGUAACCUUUUUCUAUGCAAAAAAACUGAUGAAAACAUUGAAGAAACUAA